AUGGCUGCUCCUUCUGGGGUCCCGCCGAUGCGGGUGCUGGAAGAGCUGGGCAUUAACUUGUCACCCACGGGCGAGGUGACAGAGACAGAGGCGGUGGCCGCCGACGGCGCCUACUACCUGGAGCAGGUCACCAUAACUGAAACAUCAGAAGAUGAAUGUGAAUAUGAAGAGAUACCAGAUGACAAUUUCAGCAUUCCAGAAGGAGAAGAAGAUCUGGCAAAAGCAAUUCACAUGGUUGACGAGCAGGCCACAGACACGCACAUUUUGGAACAACAGACCAUUCUUCCUUCAAGGCAUGUAAUGCAAGAAGCCAUCGAAGACUUUCUUUGCAAUUUUCUGAUCAAAAUGGGAAUGACCAGGACUCUGGACUGCUUUCAGGCCGAAUGGUAUGAGUUAAUACAGAAGACAGGAUCUGACCUUAGAACACUCGGUAAUGUUCCAGAUGUCUACAGCCAGGUGAUGCUUUUAGAGACUGAGAACAAAAACUUGAAGAAAGACUUGAAACACUUCAAACAGGCAGCUGAAAAGGCCAAAGAAGAUCUGCUGAAAACCCAGAAGGAACGGAACUUCCAUCGCAUGCAUCAUAAGCGCAUACUGCAAGAAAAGAACAAGCUCAUUGCUGACCUCAAAGGGCUGAAAUUGCAUUAUGCAUCUUACGAACCAACUAUAAGGGUGUUACAUGAGAAACAUCAUGCUUUACUGAAGGAGAAAAUGCUGACCUCUUUGGAAAGAGAUCGAGCUGUUGGGAAGAUUUCUGGGCUUCAAGCAACACUGAAGAACAUAGACAUAGGACAUAUUCAGGUCCCUAUAAUCAAAGGAUCUUAUGAGACUGCUUCUAUCAUCAGAGAGCUGGGAGACAAAGCUGGUCACACCUAUGAGAAAGAAAACAGUUCAGAGGGCCCUACUCAAAAAAAUCUUCGUGAAGCCAGGGAGGAGAAUGGCUAUAAAACAAAGAUAAGGAGUGAAAGAAAGGAUACAGAGAUACCUUACAAAAUUCAGCCAGAUCCCCAUCAGUCUAUGUGCACUGAAAACCUGAAAGCUUGAAAGCUCAAUUAUUUGUUUCUGAAUAUUGCCUCCAUUCACUCGAUACCAGUACUGUGUAUCGUCAUGCAUCCCUUAAGAGACUAUCUGGUCUCCUGUAGUGAGGAUCGUCUCUGGAAGAUGGUGGGCCUCCCAAAGGGCAAUGUAAUUCUUACGGGAUCUGGCCACAGUGACUGGCUGUCCGACUGCUGCUUCCAUCCAAGAAAGGGUCACAUAAUAGCAUCCUGUGAUUCCCGGGGAGUUAUAAAGCUAUGGGACUUCCGGAAGCUCAUUCCAAUCGUGUCCAUUGAUGUGGGUCCAAGUCCUGGCAAUGAGGUGAAUUUUGACCCAUCAGGUCGAGUUUUAGCUCAGGCGAGUGCCAACGGGAUUAUCCAUUUGCUGGAUCUUAAAUCCGGGCAAAUUCACAAACUGGUGGGCCAUGAGAGUGAAGUGCACACUGUGAUAUUUUCCCACCGUGCGGAGAAUCUGUACUCUGGUGGUUCUGACGGCACCAUUCGGUUGUGGCUCUGAUCAGCAAAAGCAUACCCUGAUGCAAAGGGCAUUCCCUCCACAGCUCAAAAAUGCUCCAUACGGUCUGCUUACAAGCCAGCAACUAGCUGGAUAUAACGACCAAUAAAUAAAA